AUGGUGCACAUCAUGGACAUAAAAGAAGAGGACAAAAUCCUGACCGCUCUUCACAUAAACGACUCAGACUCGACCAUCGCGAGACAAGUGAAAAACGUGCACACAUUCUUUCAAACGGCGCUCGCGAACGUCCCACCUAAGCACAAAAAUCAGGGUUACCGCACGUUAGCGACCAUAGCUUCGUCUACGAGACACAUCACCAGAGGAGAAUGGCUCGGUGUCAUCAACGAUAAUCUUCCGGCACCCAUCAACGCGCAGACUAAAUUUUGCUUGAUCGAACCGAAACUCAUAUGGGUAGUGGACCAGUUCAUGAAAGAGUACCGCGACAACCCAGUACCUUUUGCUCGGUGGAUGACGGUCUUGGUCCACUAUUACUUUGCUUCUGCAAGCUCUUACCCCUUGCAAACUACUUUUCGCAUAUUCAUUCCCAAGUGCCUCAACUACAUGGAGUACCUGGCACCUCACGCCCUAAACGCACUGCUGACAGAAUACAUAGUAAGCACAGACCAUGUGGAAACAACAAAACACAUGUUUCGAUCUAUGAAACAAGUAUUUCCAAAGUUUUUGAACUGGACCAAAAGCGACCAAAAAAACCGAACCCUAAAGAGCAUCAAGAACCUCACAGCUGUCUUCGGCGUGCCCCGGAGGUUCUACUCGCACGCGGUCAUGAAUGAGGAGUACCGCUUCCUACCAAUUUUCCGAAAACCUUUUGUCGAGAACCUCUUGAGGGCCUUUCAGGGUAAAGCGGAAACUGAGUUCUUCAACUACGCUUACACCAAGGUCCCCCAAGUGAUGUUCCAGGAGCUAUCGCACAUCCUGUACCCCAGCCAGGUUCCCAACGCCCACUACUACCGGAACGUCCACUCAAUCUACAUUCCAUCGGUAAUGAUGUCCCCCUUCACAGUCGUGGACGAGUCCCUCGCUGCCAGCUACGGACUGGCAGGUUCCGUCGUGGCCCAUGAGAUAGGCCACUCCUUCGAUCCGAUUGCGGCUGGUCAAAGCUCGAACUUGAUGCCGUCACGUUCGCCACGCGUCCCCCGAUGGGAAGGUUACCAGAAAAGACUGGACUGUAUCGUGAGACUUUACGACGCGCUCGGGGUGCGCUCAGGAACUCGCAAUUACAGCAUGGCCACGCGCACCGAGAAUUUCGCCGACAUCUCGGGGCUGGAGAUGGUGCAAGCAGCUCUGGCGACUGACGCUUGCGUCGGACUCGAUGCGAAUUCUCCCAUCGCGGGGCUGACCAACAAGCAGCUGUUUUACGUGGCGCGCUGCUUUUUGUGGUGCACGUCGCGGGUCCGAGCAGCGGACACGAGACCAAGUAAUCCGCACAUCGCCAAUCUCCACAGGUGCAACACGGUGCUCGGUCAAUCGCCGGACUUCAGAAAUACGUUCAACUGCCCUAACGCUACUUCUUGCCCAAUUUUGACAUAA